UUGGUUUCUAGUUUAUGAAUGAAGGUAUUAAAUGGGCGAGGCCUUUCCGUCAUCUCAAUCAGGCGUGGAUUUUGAGAACAGGGUUUAUUUUCGUUCGGUCCUUGUAGAGUUAUAGUUUAACUUGGUUCUUCUUAUUCUUUUACGGAAAAAGGUGUUUGUGAUAAGGGUUUAAAAUUCUAGCCAAGUUGAAUUUUUUUAGGUGUUACCUUUAAAACAUAAAUAUUCGAAUUACUAUGAAGUUUGAUUAUUUUUGGUGAACGAUUUCAUAGAACUGGAACUACUUUGUGGUUUUCAAGAAGAGCGGACGUUUAUGCCACGCUGUUUAUUGUGAUUGUAUUUACAUAUGGAUGUACAAUAAAUAUUCAACAUGGGAAUUAAAGCUACAAGGAUAAAAACUCUACAAAAUGUCUGUGUUCUGUUACUUCUCCACGCUGGAUUAGCAAACACAUCAACAACAACACCUGAAGUCACAACGACACCUGAAGUCACAACGACACCAGAAGUUACAACGACACCUGAGGUCACAACGACACCUGAAGUCACAACGACACCUGAAGUCACAACGACACCAGAAGUCACAACGACACCAGAAGUCACAACAACACCAGAUAUCACAACGACACCUGAAGUCACAACGACACCAGAAGUCAUAACGACACCCGAAGUCACAACGACACCUGAAGUCACAACGACACCAGCUGUCACGACAACACCUGAAGUAACAACGACACCUGAGGUUACAACGACACCAGAAGUUACAACGACACCUGAAGUUACAACGACACCAGAAGUCACAACGACACCAGAAGUCACAACAACACCAGAAGUCACAACGACACCCGAAGUCACAACGAUACCUGAGGUCACAACGACACCUGAAGUCACAACGACACCGGAUGUCACAACGACACCAGAAGUCACAACGACACCAGAAGUCACAACGACACCCGAAGUCACAACGACACCAGAGGUUACAACGACACCCGAAGUCACAACGACACCUGAGGUUACAACGACACCAGAAGUGACAACAACACCUGAAGCGACAACGACACCCGAAGUCACAACGACACCAGAAGUUACAACGACACCUGAAGCGACAACGACACCAGAGGUCACAACGACACCAGAAGUCACAACGACACCAGAAGUCACAACAACACCUGAAGUGACAACGACACCUGAAGCGACAACGACACCAGAGGUCACAACGACACCAGAAGUCACAACGACACCAGAAGUCACAACAACACCAGAAGUCACAACGACACCAGAAGUCACAACGACACCAGAAGUCACAACAACACCAGAAGUCACAACGACCCCUGAAGCGACAACGACACCUGAGGUCACAACGACACCUGAGGUAACAACGACACCAGAAGUCACAACAACACCUGAGGUCACAACAACACCAGAGGUUACAACGACACCAGAAGUCACAACGACACCAGAAGUCACAACGACACCAGAAGUCACAACGACACCAGAAGUCACAACGACCCCUGAGGUCACAACGACACCAGAAGUCACAACGACACCCGAAGUCACAACGACACAUGAAGUCACAACGACACCAGAAGUCACAACGACACCAGAGGUCACAACAACACCAGAGGUUACAACGACACCAGAAGUCACAACGACACCUGAAGUCACAACGACACCAGAGGUCACAACGACACCCGAAGUCACAACGACACCUGAAAUUACAACAACACCAGAGGUUACAACGACACCUGAAAUUACAACGACACCUGAAGUGACAAUGACACCUGAGGUCACAACGACACCUGAGGUCACAACGACACCUGAAGUGACAACGACACCUGAGGUCACAACGACACCUGAAGUGACAACAACACCUGAGGUCACAACGACACCUGAAGUCACAACGACACCUGAAGUCACAACGACACCUGAAGUUACAACGACACCUGAAGUCACAACGACACCCGAAAUCACAACGACACCAGAAGUCACAACGACACCUGAGGUCACAACGACACCAGAAGUCACAACGACACCUGAGGUCACAACGACACCUGAAAUCACAACGACACCUGAAGUCACAACGACACCAGAAGUGACAACGACACCUGAGGUCACAACGACACCUGAGGUCACAACAACACCUGAAGUCACAACGACACAAGAAGUCACAACGACACCUGAGGUCACAACGACACCUGAAAUCACAACGACACCUGAAGUCACAACGACACCAGAAGUGACAACGACACCUGAGGUCACAACGACACCUGAGGUCACAACAACACCUGAAGUCACAACGACACCUGAAGUUACAACGACACCUGAAGUCACAACGACACCUGAGGUCACAACGACACCUGAAGUCACAACGACACCAGAAGUGACAACGACACCUGAAGUGACAACGACACCUGAGGUCACAACGACACCUGAAGUGACAACGACACCUGAAGUUACAACAACACCAGAGGUUACAACGACACCUGAAGUCACAACGACACCUGAAAUUACAACGACACCUGAAGUCACAACAACACCAGAGGUUACAACGACACCUGAAGUCACAACAACACCCGAAGUCACAACGACACCUGAAGUCACAACGACACCAGAAGUCACAACGACACCUGAAGUCACAACGACACCCGAGGUCACAACGACACCUGAAGUGACAACGACACCUGAAGUUACAACAACACCAGAGGUUACAACGACACCUGAAGUCACAACGACACCUGAAGUAACAACGACACCUGAAGUCACAACAACACCAGAGGUUACAACAACACCUGAAGUCACAACGACACCUGAGAUCACAACGACACCAGAAGUCACAACGACACCAGAAGUCACAACGACACCAGAAGUCACAACGACACCUGAAGUCACAACGACACCUGAAGUCACAACGACACAUGAAGUCACAACGACACCAGAAGUGACAACGACACCUGAAGUGACAACGACACCUGAGGUCACAACGACACCUGAAGUGGCAACGACACCUGAAGUUACAACAACACUAGAGGUUACAACGACACCUGAAGUCACAACGACACCUGAAGUUACAACGACACCUGAAGUCACAACAACACCAGAGGUUACAACGACACCUGAAGUCGCAACGACACCAGAAGUCACAACGACACCAGAAGUCACAACAACACCAGAAGUCACAACGACCCCUGAAGCGACAACGACACCUGAGGUCACAACGACACCUGAGGUCACAACGACACAAGAAGUCACAACGACACCUGAAGUCACAACGACACCCGAAGUCACAACGACACCCGAAGUCACAACGACACCUGAAGUCACAACGACACCAGAAGUGACAACGACACCUGAGGUCACAACGACACCUGAGGUCACAACGACACCUGAAGCGACAACGACACCUGAGGUUACAACGACACCAGAAGUCACAACGACACCUGAAGUCACAACGACACCUGAGGUAACAACGACACCUGAAGUGACAACGACACCUGAGGUCACAACGACACCAGAAGUCACAACGACACCAGAGGUAACAACGACACCUGAGGUCACAACGACACCUGAGGUCACAACGACACCUGAAGUCACAACGACACCUGAAGUCACAACGACACCUGAAGUUACAACGACACAAGAAGUCACAACGACACCAGAGGUCACAACGACACCCGAAGUCACAACGACACCUGAAAUUACAACAACACCAGAGGUUACAACGACACCUGAAAUUACAACGACACCUGAAGUGACAAUGACACCUGAAGUUACAACAACACCAGAGGUUACAACGACACCUGAAGUCACAACGACACCUGAAGUUACAACGACACCUGAAGUGACAACGACACCUGAGGUUACAACGACACCUGAAGUUACAACAACACCAGAGGUAACAACGACACCUGAGGUCACAACGACACCUGAGGUCACAACGACACCUGAAGUCACAACGACACCUGAAGUCACAACGACACCUGAAGUUACAACGACACCUGAAGUCACAACGACACAAGAAAUCACAACGACACCAGAAGUGACAACAACACCUGAAGUCACAACGACACCAGAAGUCACAACGACACCAGAAGUGACAACGACACCUGAAGUCACAACGACACCAGAGGUUACAACGACACCUGAAGUCACAACGACACCAGAAGUCACAACGACACCAGAAGUGACAACGACACCUGAAGAGACAACGACACCUGAGGUCACAACGACACCUGAAGUGACAACGACACCUGAAGUUACAACAACAUCAGAGGUUACAACGACACCUGAAUUCACAACGACACCUGAAGUUACAACGACACCUGAAGUCACAACAACACCAGAGGUUACAACGACACCUGAAGUCACAACGACACCUGAGGUUACAACGACACCUGAAGUCACAACGACACCUGAGGUCACAACGACACCUGAAGUCACACCGACACCUGAAGUCACAACGACACCUGAAGUUACAACGACACCUGAAGUCACAACGACACCCGAAAUCACAACGACACCAGAAAUCACAACGACACCUGAAGUCACAACGACACCAGAAGUCACAACGACACCAGAAGUGACAACGACACCUGAAGUCACAACGACACCAGAAGUCACAACGACACCUGAAGUCACAACGACACCAGAAGUCACAACGACACCAGAAGUGACAACGACACCUGAAGUCACAACGACACCUGAAGUCACAACGACACCAGAAGUCACUACGACACCAGAAUUGACAACGACACCUGAAGUCACUACGACACCAGAAGUCACAACGACACCUGAAGUCACAACGACACCAGAAUUGACAACGACACCAGAAGUCACAACGACACCAGAAGUCACAACGACACCAGAAGUGACAAUGACACCUGAAGUCACAACGACACCAGAAGUUACAACGACACCUGAAGUCACAACAACACCAGAGGUUACAACGACACCUGAAGUCACAACGACCCCUGAGAUCACAACGACACCUGAAGUCACAACGACACCUGAAGUCACAACGACACCUGAAGUCACAACGACACCUGAAGUCACAACGACACUUGAAGUUACAAUGACACCUGAAGUCACAACAACACCAGAGGUUACAACGACACCUGAAGUCACAACGACACCUGAGAUCACAACGACACCUGAAGUCACAACGACACCUGAAGUGACAACAACACCAGAGGUUACAACGACACCUGAAGUCACAACGACACCUGAAGUCACAACGACACCUGAGGUUACAACAACACCUGCGGUCACAACGACACCAGAGGUUACAACGACACCUGAGGUCACAACGACACCUGAAGUGACAACGACACCUGAAGUGACAACAACACCAGAGGUUACAACGACACCUGAAGUCACAACGACACCUGAAGUCACAACGACACCUGAGGUUACAACAACACCUGCGGUCACAACGACACCAGAGGUUACAACGACACCUGAGGUCACAACGACACCUGAAGUGACAACGACACCUGAAGUUACAACAACACCAGAGGUUACAAUGACACCUGAAAUCACAACGACACCUGCAGUGACAACGACACCUGAAGUCACAACGACACCUGAGGUCACAACGACACCCGUAAUCACAACGACACCUGAAGUGACAACGACACCUGAGGUCACAACGACACCUGAGGUCACAACAACACCUGAAGUGACAACGACACCUGAAGUUACAACAACAACAGAGGUUACAACGACACCUGAAAUCACAACGACACCUGAGGUCACAACGACACCUGAAAUCACAACGACACCUGAAGUCACAACGACACCAGAAGUCACAACGACACCUGAAGUGACAACGACACCUGAGGUCACAACGACACCUGAGGUCACAACGACACCUGAAAUCACAACGACACCUGAGGUCACAACGACACCUGAGGUCACAACGACACCUGAAGUGACAACGACACCAGAAGUCACAACGACACCUGAAGUGACAACGACACCUGAAGUGACAACGACACCUGAAAUCACAACGACACCUGAAGUCACAACGACACCUGAAAUCACAACGACACCUGAGGUCACAACGACACCUGAGGUCACAACGACACCUGAAGUGACAACGACACCUGAAAUCACAACGACACCUGAAGUCACAACGACACCUGAAGUCACAACGACACCAGAAGUCACAACGACACCUGAAGUCACAAUAACACCUGAAGUCACAACGACACCUGAGGUCACAACGACACCAGAAGUCACAACGACACCAGAAGUCACAACGACAUCUGAAGUCACAACGACACCUGAGGUCACAACGACACCUGAGGUCACAACGACACAUGAAAUCACAACGACACCAGAAGUCACAACGACACCUGAAGUGACAACGACACCUGAAAUAACAACGACACCAGAAGUCAUAACGACACCUGAGAUCACAACGACACCUGAGGUCACAACGACACCCGAAAUCACAAUGACACCUGAAGUCACAACGACACCUGAAAUCACAACGACACCUGAGGUCACAACGACACCUGAAAUCACAACGACACCUGAAGUCACAACGACACCUGAGGUCACAACGUCACCUGAAGUGACAACGACACCUGAAAUUACAACGACGCCUGAAGUCACAACGACACCAGAAGUCACAACGACACCUGAGGUCACAACGACACCUGAAGUCACAACGACACCUGAAGUGACAACGACACCUGAAAUCACAACGACACCUGAAGUGACAACGACACCUUUAGUGACAACGACACCUGAAGUUACAACGACACCCGAAGUCACAACGACACCAGAAGUGACAACAACACCAGAAGUGACAACGACACCAGAGGUCACAACAACACCUGAGGUCACAACGACACCUGAGGUAACAACGACACCUGAAGUGACAACGACACCAGAAGUUACAACAACACCAGAGGUUACAACGACACCUGAAAUCACAACGACAAUAGAGGUCACAACGACACCCGAAGUCACAACGACACCAGAGGUCACAACGACACCCGAAGUCACAACGACACCUGAGGUCACAACGACACCUGAAGUGACAACGACACCAGAAGUUACAACAACACCAGAGGUUACAACUACACCUGAAAUCACAACGACACCUGAAGUGACAACGACACCUGAAGUCACAACGACACCCGAGGUCACAACGACACCCGUAAUCACAACGACACCUGAAGUGACAACGACACCUGAAGUGACAACGACACCUGAGGUCAUAACGACACCUGAAGUGACAACGACACCAGAAGUCACUACGACACCUGAAGUGUCAACGACACCUGAAAUCACAACGACACCUGAAGUGACAACGACACCAGAAGUCACAACGACACCUGAGGUCACAACGACACCUGAAGUGACAACGACACCUGAAGUUACAACAACACCAGAGGUUACAACGACACCUGAAAUCAUAACGACACCUGAAGUGACAACGACACCUGAGGUCACAACGACACCUGAAGUCACGACACCUGAAGUCACAACGACACCUGAGGUCACAACGACACCUGAAGUGACAACGACACCUGAGGUCACAACGAUACCUGAAGUCACAACGACACCUGAAAGUACAACAACACCAGAAGUCACAACGACACCCGAAGUUACAACGACACCUGAGGUCACAACUUCACCUGAAAUCACAACGACACCUGAAGUGACAACGACACCUGAAGUGACAACGACACCUGAAGUUACAACGACACCUGAAGUGACAACGACACCUGAAGUCACAACGACACCUGAGGUCAUUACGACACCAGAAGUUACAACAACACCUGAAGUCACAACUACACCAGAAGUCACAACGACACCAGAAGUCACAACAACACCUGAAUUGUCAACGAUACCUGGAGUCACAACGACACCUGAGGUCACAACGACAGCAGAAGUCACAACGACACCUGAAGUUACAACGACACCUGAAGCGACAACGACACCUGAAGUGACAACGACACCUGAGGUUACAACAACACCUGAGGUAACAACGACACCAGAAGUCACAACGACACCUGAAGUGACAACGACACCUGAAGCGACAACGACACCUGAAGUGACAACGACGCCUGAAGUUACAACAACACCAGGAGUCACAACAACACCAGCAGUCACAACAACACCAGCAGUCACAACAACACCAGAAGCCACAACAACACCAGCAGUCACAACAACACCAGCAGUCACUACAACACCAGAAGUUACAACGACACCAGAAGUCACAACGACACCAGCUGGCACAACAACACCAGCUGUCACAUCAACUGAGACCGCCAUUACCACUGAUGCAACCUCUACAACUCUUGCCCCUGAGACACGUGAUGCUUGUGGCCAAUAUGCAGGGCUCUACCUUGAUUAUGGAACAAAUGCUGGUGAUGAGGCAGCCAUACCCUCGGACGAUAGCUGCGAAUCCAUGGUAACGACACCGUAUGACAUACCGUUCAGAGGGUCAGGCUACAGGAAUGUGUUUAUUUGUCCAAACGGUGUUAUGUGCUUCGGGCGUCGGUUCGAGGGUUAUACAAUCCCUUCCGUCAACCGAGCUGUAAACGCUGGAUUCCAAGGAACGGUUUGCCUCACGCCCUACUUUACCGAUCUUGAUCCUACGAAUAACGGCGAAAUAACGUACCAUGUAUACGACUUCACGGAUGUCGGUACGCAAGUGGACGGGGUGUACGACACAGUGGUUGGUCUGGUUGGUAAUGCGUACAACCUGACGGAUUUCGAUGCCGUGUUUGUGCUCAAGGUCACGUGGGCCAAUGUCCAGAAAUACGAGGGGACCAAUUCUGAGAGAGCGACGUUCCAGUCAAUCUACGUCACUGACGGCGUGCGUGCGUACGCUUUCUACUCGUAUAAAGACGGCGGAAUGACGUUUACGUCUGGAAGCCAGUUUAUCGGUCUGAUAGUUGACGGUUACGCUGAAGGGGAGGAUAACACUGCUGACGGAUCCUACCUACGUCAGCCUGACCAGAACCUUAUAUUUAACAACGCCUGUCGUGGAGCUACUUCUUACGUGCUGAGCGAUGAGGAUAACGAGUUACAACUAAACUACAAGGUCCAGUGCCGCGCCUGGCACAAACAGCAGACCCCUCAGCGGAUCUCUAAUCUGGUCCAAUCUCAACGUAUGCCAAAGUGCCCAUGCAACCUUCUGUGGACAUGGUGGGACCGCCAGUUUAGUCUCUUUGACGGCACGUUUGACGGUGAUAUCAUCAGCGUACCUCUAGUGCAUAGCGCGCGCUACUCGACGCACGGAAAAGCUUGCGCGUACGACACCAACACGUUCCAAUUUAUUCCAACGGGACUCCACGCGGGUACCUUCCAGCGCUACAACUCCCUUGCGUACCCCCGGGACCACGCCCUUGAAGACACGCAGUUCCAAGAAAUAUGUUGCCAGCGGGCGGGUCUCUGUAACCUCUAUUGGGAAGUCAGACCUCUGUCCGCUCAGUGUUACAGUGCAUUCCCGUUCUCACUGCGAGGUAGGGGUGUUGGUGACCCUCACAUAACUACGAUAGACGGAGUCAAGUACACGUUUAACGGCCACGGUGAAUACGUUCUAACACGCGUCGUGGACGCUGACGACAAGGCAUUUGAGAUCCAGUGCCGUACGUCGCGCGCUACCAAGUCAGACGGUACUGUCUCCCUUGCGACCGUUUUCAGUGGCUUCGCUGUCAAGGGAGACAACGUUUGGUUCCAGGCCGAACUCAACGGAACAAAAGACGGAAUGGCCGUGUAUUUUGGCACUAGCCCUGAUGAUUAUGCUGAUGUCACUUCCGACUACUACAAUCUGACGUCAAACAUGCGCGUGGAAAUUGACGGUCUCACUGUUACGCGAGAUAACAGCGAGAACACUGUCUCCGCAGUGUUUGGUGAUACCGGCCUUACCUUCAAUGUGACAAUGGGCUACCGGCUGCUGCAGAUGUCCAUAGCUAUGCCCAACACGCUCAAGAACAGGGGCGCGGUCGGGUUGCUAGGCAACUUCAACGGUAACAAAGGUGACGAGUACAUUCCACGCGACCAGACGACGUCACUGACGAAUCCUACCAACCGCGUGAUCUUCAACCAGUUUGGAAAUACGUGGAUGACAACUGAACAAGAAUCCAUCUUCAAAUACGACGACGGCAUCCGGCACGCCGACUUCUCAUUUCCGGAUUUCGUGCCCGAGUUCUUGGAUGAGGCUGAUGCUGCAGACGUAUCACAGGCCAAUGUGACGUGUAACGGAAACCUGCAGUGCAUGUUUGACCUCAUAUUCACCGGAAAUGAGGAGUUGGCGGCGCAGACCGGAAGUACCGAAGAUGAUGCAGAAGCUACCAAUACCCAAGCGAGUAACCAGAUUCCUACUAUAAACGCCACGUCUGGUACGUCAACUGUUGACGCUCAGACUUACGUUUACGCAACCGUCAACCAGCCGAAAACGUUCAGCGUUCAGGGUGUUGAUCCGGGAGAUACUUUAACAUACCUGUUUGUUGCCAACACGCUUGGUGCAACGUUUGGAUCGCAAAAUCAAGACAGCCCCGUUGACGUCAGCUUAACGUUGACUGAUACCAACCCGGGGACCAUCAGCUUGGCGGUUGUGGACACUCAGAACGUGCGCUCACCGGAACUUGACGUGGUGAUCGUGCUGUGUACCGGAUGUAACAACCACGGGACGUGCGACAAUGAUCAGCUACGUGAAGGUGGAACGGACAGCUUCAAAUACGCCACGUGCAUCUGUGAGGUCUACUGGACAGGUGAAGACUGUGAGCUAGACGUUGACGGCUGUGAGACGGACCCGUGUUCAGUGGGGCGUAAUUGUUCCGACGUAGCGGCAAACGUCCAUAAGGCCAACCCUUCUCUCAAGGCGUACACGUGUUCCCCGUGUCCAGACGGAUACUCGGAUGUGGACGACAAAUGCAUAGAUGUCAACGAGUGUACCACUGCCAACCCGUGCAGCAGCAACUCCGUGUGUGUGAACACAGAAGGCAGCUACAGAUGUGACUGCAAUGCCGGCUUCCGGUUAUCAUCCACUGAUAGAAACGUCUGCAAUGAUAUUGAUGAGUGCGCGGAGUCUACUUCCGGUUGUGCGCAGAUUUGCUCAAACACGGCGGGCGGAGUCACCUGCUCCUGUGUCCCGAGCUACACCCUGGACGGCAACGGAAAGACUUGCACUAAGGACGCGGUUCCCGCUACCGGAUGUGACAUCAUCGAUUGCUCCCAAGCGGACGGAUGUACACUUGUAAAUGAAACAGCAGCAUGCUUCUGUGCGGCUGGCUACCAGCUUCAACAGGACAACUCAUGCACAGACAUAAACGAGUGCGAUUCAAACGCAUGCUCACAGGAAUGUGCUAACACAGACGGCAGUUUUACGUGCAGCUGUUAUCCUGGAUACCGUCUAGCAGACGACAAAAUCUCGUGUUCAGCGUGCAUAUUCCCCUCAUAUGGUACGAACUGCGCGCGCACAUGCCAAUGUGGGCGUGGCUCCCUUCGCUGUGACCCUGUCAGGGGGUGUGUCUGCAAGGCCGGAUGGACAGGUGUCAACUGUGACACUGACAUGAACGAAUGUGAAACACCAAACGUGUGUAAUGACGUCAACAAGGUCUGCACUAAUACGAUUGGUUCAUACACAUGCACGUGUCGUCAAGGAUACAUCAAUGAGAAUGGAGUCUGUGUCGAUGUCGACGAGUGCGCGACGCCCUCCCUUAACACGUGUCAGCAGUUAUGUACGAACAACGUGGGCGGAUUCACGUGCUCUUGUUCCAGUGGUUACGUCAUCAACAGUACUGACAUCACCAGAUGUGCAGAUUUUGAUGAAUGCGCGGCCGGUGUGUCAGGCUGUGAACAGAGUUGCAAAAACAGUGUUGGGAGGUUUAGCUGUGAAUGCUUUUUCGGGUACAGAAUUAAUUCCGACAGAAUAACUUGCACCGAAGUUGAGAACGUGUGUGCGACUGAGUUCCCUGAUAACGGAUGUAGUCAGAUCUGCCGCGCCGACCAGCAGACACAGACCUACGAGUGCCUCUGUAACACCGGCUUCCAACUGGGAGCUGACCAGAAGACCUGCAUAGAUGUGAACGAGUGUACCUCUGCAACACUUAACUUGUGCACCCAGACAUGUCUGAACAAUGAUGGCGGCUACGUUUGUCAGUGUGAGACCGGCUUUAAGUUGGAGAACGACGAGAGGACUUGUGCAAUCUGUGACGCCUACCACUAUGGCGACAACUGCGCACUGGAGUGUAGCUGUGGUGUUGGUGCAGAGCGAUGUGAUCAUGUGACCGGAUGUGUAUGCAAGAGCGGCUGGACGGGCGACAAAUGCGACGCGGACCAGGAUGAGUGCGCGACCGGAAGUGAUGAUUGUAACGGAAGUAACGAGAUUUGCGUUAACACACCUGGCUCCUUCCAAUGUGAAUGUGAAUCCGGAUAUGAGCGUGAUGGCUCGAACAACUGCGUUGAUGUGAACGAGUGUACAGCGGGGACGAGCGAGUGUGCCCAGAUAUGUUCAAACACAGCGGGCGGAUAUAGCUGCAGCUGUAACCCGGGCUUUGUUGCCGACAGAAACUCAUGCAAUGACAUUAACGAGUGUGAUGGUGUGAACAACUGCAGCCAGGUGUGUGAAAACACCGUCGGCGGGUACCGUUGCUCGUGUGAACCAGGCUUUGUCCUUGACACCAGCGAUAGACGGACGUGCUUGCCUGCUGAAGUGUGCCAGGCGAGCCCAUGCAACGCCAACGCCGACUGUGCCGUAGUUGAAGCGGAAGAAAAGUGUUUCUGCAAGGCUGGUUUCACCUUCGCUGCCGGGUCCAGCACAGACUGCGAAGACAUUCUUGAGUGUGGCCAAACCCCGGCCGUGUGCAGUCAGGGUUGUACAGAACUUGCCGGAGGGUAUACAUGUUACUGUGACCAGGACGGAUUCCAACUGGAUGCUGACCAGAAAACUUGCAUAGUGUGUGACGCGGGUUUCUGGGGCGGCAACUGCUUGAAUACAUGCACGUGCAACGAUGCAAACACCGAGUCAUGUGCCCCGACAGACGGCUCAUGCACAUGCAAAUCUGGCUGGACCGGAAGCAUAUGCGCAUCGAAUAUCGAUGAGUGUACCGACCAGUCAAUCUGUCCGGACAACUCGGCGUGCCAAGACACGGCCGGCUCUUUCGAAUGUAUCUGUAAUACUGGAUACGUCGCCUCCGCUGACGGAACCUGUCAAGUAUGUCCAGCCAACACGUACGGUCUCAACUGUGCGAAUAGUUGCACGUGUAACGUGGCGAAUACCGCCAGUUGCUCGAACGAAAAUGGUGCAUGCACGUGUAAAUCGGGAUGGAGCGGCCCCACGUGCGAUACGGAUGUCGAUGAAUGUUCCACGACAAAUAUCUGCGGAGAUGUGCUCAAAACGUGCACGAACACAGCUGGGUCUUACACGUGUGAUUGUGCUUCCGGUUACACAAUCAAUAGUGACGGCGUCUGCGUUGAUGACGACGAGUGUUUGUUGGGAACGGACACCUGUUUACAGAAGUGUACAAAUAUUCCGGGAUCUUUCGAAUGUGGAUGUUUCGCAGGGUAUUCUGGCACCGGAAACUCGUGCACACAGUGCACGGGUAACACGUAUGGCGUGCAAUGUAAUAUGACGUGCACUUGCGAGGCUGCCAACACGGAGAGAUGUGAUCCCGUGACCGGAUGUGUGUGUAGCGCCGGCUGGGAGGGCGUCGACUGUGCCACGGACGUCAACGAAUGCGCGCUUAACACGGAUAACUGUACCCAGGACUCGACGUGCACAAAUACAGACGGGUCUUUCGAGUGUCCCUGUAAUUUAGGAUUUAUCAGCAGCAAUGGACUCUGUGAAGCGUGUUCUGGAAACACUUUUGGCGACAGCUGCACUUACUCCUGCGAUUGUGUCAGGGAAAACACGCUUGUGGCGUCACAGUCGUGUAACCACGUAACCGGAAUUUGCGAGUGUAGCGCGUUCUGGAAUGGCACCCGGUGCGAGGUAGACAUAGACGAGUGUGCGUCGGAAACCAACCCCUGUCCGGAAGCGGAAAACAAAUACUGUCACAACAUUGAGGGCGGUUUCGAGUGUUCUUGUCUGCUGGGAUUCACGGAAGACGCGAAUGGAAUUUGCGUUGAGACAGCUACAACAACGGCUACACUACCUGCUAACCAGGACCGUGUUCGAAUCUUCAUGGUGCUACAAGUCUCGGACUCCUCCUUAGACGGUCUCAACUUUGACGUUAAGUCCACCUUUGAUGAAUGGGCCGCUUACGUCGCUAAAUCGUUGAAGAACUACUAUGCUACGUACAUGGGCACCAACGUAGUUGACGUCAUUGUCACCGGCCUUAGACGCGGGAGUCUGGAAGUUGACGCUACAGUAGUGAAGAAGGACAGUACAGACUCCGACCAGGCAUUCGCGGUAGCCACCUCAGCGUUAACGUCAAACACCAACCUUACUAUCAAUGACCAAACGUACAUCGGAAAACUGACGGCUGUCGAGGGCACUCAAGUUGACACCACCAAGGGCGUUGCAGGUCUGAAGUGUGAAAUUUUACUUCUUGAUGAGGGUCAGUGUCCAGACAAAUAUGAGUGUGUGGUCAUCGAUUCCAACCCCAUCUGCCAGCCUGUACAAACGAACGAUGACUUAUCCCUGGUGUUAGGCCUCGGACUUGGGAUUCCUCUCGGUCUUAUAGCGGCUCUUGUGAUAGCCGUGGCUAUGGUGUACGCCUUCCGGACGCGCCGCCGUAAACGGUUCUCCACAGACGGCGACUACGACCGGGAGUCAAUUAAUCAAGGAUUCUUUACGCGAGGCAUGCCGGUGAAGAUAAAUACAUGGGGCCGCGGUGACCCCUUUUCCGGUCCACAGCGGUGGGCUGACGACUCUUCCUCUUCGUUCUCCGAUGAGAAGGGUCACCGGGGCCGCCCGAGGGAUUUCGACUAUAGCCGGGCUGAUCAGUACUUGUAUGACAAUCAACAGUCCAAUUUUUCGUGGGAUUUCCUGUACAACUACAUUAGUCCAAAUGAAAGGUACCACAUACAGCGGCCACAUGCAGAUCCCAAACCCCACCCGGCCUAUAUUCAACCAAACCCUUGAAGCCAGCUUUGUUAGGGCAUUCUAGACAAUACAUAAAUGUGUUCAAACAGUUUUGUGACCAGUACAAUUUACCCGGAAGUUCAGGUCACGUGAUUCUAUACUUAAAACAACAACAACGAUGGUGCGUGACGUCAUGGUGCUUCCGGAGACGUUCGUCUCUCACGUGAUCUACCUACGUGCCCUGUCUUAGACGCUAUAGACGUUAUAUGCGAGUGUUAUUUAUUGUCUGUUGCGUAAAAUGCAAGAGUUUUGGUUUAAUUGGUUGUGCACAAAUUAUUUAAAAUAUGUUAUAUAGGACAAAUGCAUAAUGAUUAUUUCUUGUACUGCUAUAGUGCUUGCAUAUAGAAUUGCCGACAAUUACAGUACUUUAAUAAUAUAUUCGACAAUUCACAACAUACUCGAACAUAUAUAAAG